UCAUACUCCAACCAAACAACCUUAACCUAACAACAAUGGAGUUCAAGACCGAAAUGUCUACAACAAAAGAUGAUGAAAUUACAUUUAUAUCCUCCACCAACACUACUGGUUGUUCGUCUUCAUCGUCGUCGUCGCCACGGCCUAGAGAAGGGUUGCACGACGUAGGUACGCCACCUUUCCUGACGAAAACGUUUGAUAUGGUGGAAGAUCCAGCGACCGAUUCGGUGGUUUCGUGGAGUAGAGGUCGGAAUAGUUUUGUUGUUUGGGAUUCUCAUAAGUUUUCUACCACUUUGCUUCCGAGGUAUUUUAAGCAUAGCAAUUUUUCAAGCUUUAUUCGCCAGCUUAAUACUUAUGGUUUUAGGAAAGUGAAUCCAGAUAGAUGGGAAUUCGCAAGUGAAGGGUUUCUUGGAGGACAAAGGCAUCUUCUGAAGACAAUCCGAAGAAGAAGAACCGUGGUGCAACCGAUCCAACCAAAGCAAGAAUUCGGUCCGUGUAUCGAAGUAGGCCAAUACGGGAUCGAGGAAGAACUUGAAGGACUGAAAAGAGACAGAAGUUUGCUAAUGGCAGAAAUUGUAAGGCUAAGGCAGCUACAGCAGCAUUCAAAGGACCAGCUCAUAUCAAUGGAAAAUAGGCUUAGAACCACUGAAAAAAAGCAACAAAACAUGAUGGGUUUCCUUGCAAAAGCCUUUAGCAACCCUGAGUUCCUACAGAGGUACAUGGAUAAGUAUGCGCAUAACGAACAAGAACAUAUCAAGAUCGGUCGCAAAAGAAGGUUAACGAUGACACCGAGUGUGGGGGAUUUACAAGAAGUGGAUGUUGGUGUUGAAGAUAUUCAUGAUCCAUUUCUAGCAGCCCCUGUUGAAGGUGAUUCAAGUAGUGGUAUUGGUAAUGUUUCAAAUUUUGUGGAGGAUGAACCGCCUGAGAAUUUGUGGGAGGACCUGUUGAAUGUGGAUCUACCCGUUGAAAAACACCCUGAAGAGUUUCUUGAUGAUUUAGAUGGUCGGCAGCUUGAGUGGGAUGAAGAUUUGCAAGAAUUAGUGGACCAAAUGGAGUAUUUAAGGUCAUCCAAACCUUAAAUACUUGAUGGAAGUGAUUGUUGUUGGGAUUUUAUUGUGUUUUGAGUUAAGAAGGCCUCUACAAGUCCACCUCCUCUUUAGUAGAGUUCAAGUCAAAGAUGCAUAUGAAUUGUGUGAUAUCAGUAUCUUUGUGCUGAGGAGAUUGUGGAAUUGUGAAGAGGCCAAGCUGCUGUUCCUUUGUAUCCUUAUGUUAUGCUCAUUCGUAUACUACUUUCCUAUUCAUUUAUGGGACAAAA